AGGAGUGGUUUACUCCGUAUUACAUUCGAAUUUGCUUUGACUUAAUAUCAUCAAACAGCAAAUGAGAUGUUUAGGAAGUCAAGAUCCAUUUCAUCGUGAUUUCUUAGUCAAUUAUUUUAAUCAUUUGAAGCUUUAGAAAAUUCGAGUGUGUUGACCGAACUGCAUGAUGAUCAACUUGUAAAUCAACAUUUGAUUGAAUUGCACUGUUCAUUAUCUAGCCUUUAUCAAUUUAAUUGCAGUACAUCAGAAAGUUUGGUGUGAUUUUCUAGCGACUUUCACUUCAUUAAAGUACAUGAAUUGGGAGGAAACCUGCCUGUCUGUUUUUGCUUGAAAAUCUGGACAAUCGUGACAAUUGUGACUGCUUAAACCCAAUAAUCUUUCCGAUAACUGCAUUUUACUAGAGGAAAUAUAUCAAGUUGCAGACUCAGACUGUGCAUUUUUAAGACCAAGUCUGUAAUUUCGACACUUUUCAGAAAGGAGAUAAGUCACCAUAACCUAAACGAUGUGAGUAAAGGUUCUUCGAAGCGUUAGCACCAUAGACAUGACAUGUUUCAGGAGACGGGCCAGGUUAUUGAUAUAAGUUUGUGAAAAAGUUUGGAAAUAAUACAUCCCGCCAUUUUCUUUCAAUUUCUGGUAACUGAUUUCAUUCAAAGCUCCCUCAGGAAAGAGAGGCAGGGAGCACCAGAUGAAGUAAACUUUAAACGUUAUUUUCAACUAAAAGAUAAAGCUGACCCAGCUGUCUAAGUUAUUUUAUCAAGGUUAACCAGUGUGCUUAAAAUGGAAAAUCGCAGAAUUGUCGAUAUCGGAGUGAUAGAACAGUCUUUCAAACCUUCCAAGAUGCAGGUCAUCGACCAGGAGACAUCGAGCGUCGACUACCCUCGACAGCGAGCCCUUCAAUGCCUCCGGAUGAUGAGCAAUUGCGGCAACGCUGAGAUCUUCAACAAAGCGUUGUCUACGACCAUGAAGAUGCAAAGUCCGGAGUGGGAGGGCGACACUGAUAGCGACGUCGAUAGCGUCGUGAAGCAUCCCAAGGAACGGGUUGAUAGAGGAUCGACUUCAACGUCGACGAGCGCGAAAUAUCACGGACAUCGAGAUGGAGUGGGAAAGGCAGUGAAGAAGGGCAUGAAACCACAUUUGACAAAAAAAUGCGACCCGCGAGUUCAGAAGCAGAUUCGGUUAAAUAUCAAUGCUCGAGAGCGUCGACGUAUGCACGAUCUAAACGAUGCCCUGGAUGAUCUACGGGGCGUUAUCCCCUACGCUCACAGCCCAUCGGUUCGUAAGCUGUCGAAGAUUGCCACGCUGCUCCUCGCUAAGAACUAUAUCCUGAUGCAGGCGAAUGCACUCGAGGAGAUGCGACGGAUUUUCACUUUCAUGAACCAGCCUCAGCUUUGCUUACCACCGGCUCUGUCGUCGACCACCUACCCGAUCUCGCCCGCCUACCACACCCCUGACAUCGUCGCUCGAAACAGCAGUGGGCAUGCUCUUGCAAGUAAGGUCCUUGAAAGCCCCUCGACCGCCAUCAAUCUCCCAAUCUCUUGCCGUCGGAAUGGUGUGCAAUCGUCAUCAUCGUCGUUAUCUUGCCAUCGUUGUAUCGAUAGACCAUCCCUUAAUCGGAAUCAUGAAAGAAGUGAUCAUUCCUUUCUCUGACUCUCAAACUUUCCGAUUUUAUGAUGAAAUAUUUAAUAACUUUCCUUAUUUAUUGUUCUCCCCAAAACUUUUGAUUGACGGUGUAAACGUGGUCGAAUAAUUACGCUAAGUGUACAAUCUAUUGCAUCAAUAAUUGUUCAAUGUUAUCACCACCAAAGUAGUGUAUUUCUGUAAUUCUAAUACUUGUACAUUGGAGAUUUUGUUAAAUCAUGUGACAAUGCCAGUUUAAGAUAGAUCCUAAUCAUUUCAACUCGAUCAUGUAAGGGUAUCUCCUGUUUUUAAGUUUGUAUAAUGUGAACGAAAUAGAGUUGAGUUCUGAAUUCAGAUUACAGUGACGAGCAUAAUGUGAUUAUAAUAUAAUUUAUUCGACAAGAGUGCAUUCCACAUACGAGAGUUCGUUUAUGAAAGAAUUGGUUUUCACACAGAAAUAUCAUCUAUUACAUUGCAACGUGACCGAAGCUUUAAUUCUUCAAAGUUUAAUUUGAAGAAUCUGUUUUAUUCAAUCAUCGCUCUAGUUUGAAAUAGAAUAGGACUUGGUGUACACAAUGCAUGGAGUAUACAUGUGUUUAAUGUUGUAUGACGUCAAGCUGAUUCACAGUAUAUGAAUACAUCAAGGAGUGUUGGUGAUUGUCAUUGGCGAGUUUUAGAACCGUAAUGAUAAAUCUCUUACGAAAUGUAUCUAUUUCUGCCAAAUAUUUUGAAUCUUUUGUCAAACAUUACCUAACUAUAGUAUGAUAAAAUAGGGUCGUGUCAAUAAGGGAAUUUUGCAUAAAUAGUGAUGGAAACGUUAUAAAAAGAAUAAAUUGUUGCAGACAUAUUUAUCAAUACAGGCUUUUUUCGGGAGAUGUUUAUUCAUUUUGGUUUCGUUGGGCGAGUAUCAAUAGGCACUGCUUGAAGAGGACUUUAAAAUGUGAAUUAAUGUUACUGGUGUGCUGUCCGGUUAUUUUAACUCUUAAAUAUGUUUAAAAAAAUUGAAACCAUUAUCAGAAAAAAAACCAACAUACUAGAAUUGUUUAUGUUAAUUAUGGUUACAACUCAGUAUCCUGAAAUGACCGUUUAUAUUCGUAACACAAUCGCAUGCUAUAUGAUAUUUUUGAAUUAGAAAACAGAUUUCUAUAGCUCAGCUCCAAAAUAAGGAAGAGGGGUGAUUUGUUAUCAAUGAGGUUUUAAAAUUACAUGAAGAAUCAAUCUGGGAGCAUUACUUAAAUGCAGGAAUAAAUUCAUCAAUGAAAUACAAUCAUGUAUUAGUCGAUUUUAGGGUUACUA